AUGUUGAUAGUAGCGAUCCUGGCAGUUGUUCCGGGGGUUAUUCCCUUGGUAGUAGCGAACAGCACUCGCCUCUGGUACAAAGCUCCUGCCGACUCGGAUGCAUGGACAGAUGCGAUACCGAUAGGGAACGGCCGUCUCGGCGGCAUGGUGUUUGGGAUACCCGUACAAGAACGCAUACAAUUGAACGAAGAGACUGUCUGGUCUGGUAGCCAUCGUGACCGUCUGAACCAAGACAGCUCGCAAACAGUCUCAGAAGUUAGAGAUUUGCUUACACGAGGUCAGGCUGGGGAUGCAGAGAAGCUGGCGAACUUGGGCAUGAUGGGCAAGUAA